CCUGGAGUUUUUAUUAUUUAUGUGUGGCUCCUCCUUCCCUGUCAGUCCCUUGAUUAAAGAGCUGGCUUCCCCCUCUGAAGGCUUCUGAAGUGUGAGCAACACCUCCUGACUCCUGCAGAAUCAGCUCUCCCCAGCAUGCAAGGUUGCCCGCUGGGUGCCACCCGGGCAAGCCUCAGCCUUAGCCUCUUGCUGCUGCUUGGCCUCUGGCUGGACAGAGGCGUGCGAGCCAAGGAGCUGAAGUUUGUGACAGUGGUGUUUCGUCAUGGAGACAGAAGUCCCAUUGGCACUUUUCCUAAUGAUCCCAUCAGAGAAUCUUCAUGGCCAGAUGGGUUUGGGCAACUCACUCAGCUUGGAAUGAAACAGCAUUAUGAACUUGGAGAGUAUUUAAGGAAAAGAUAUGGAACAUUCUUGAAUGAGUCCUACAAACCUGAACAGGUUUAUAUUCAAAGCACAGAUAUUGACCGGACUUUGAUGAGCGCUCUGGCAAACCUAGCAGCCCUGUUUCCCCCAUGGGGCACCAGCAUCUGGAAUCCCAGCCUGCUCUGGCAGCCCAUUCCAGUGCACACAGUUGCUCUGUCUGAAGAUCAGUUGCUCUACCUGCCUUUCAAGAACUGUCCUCGUUAUCAAGAACUCAAGAGUGAGACUUUGAAAUCGGAGGAAUUCCAGAAAAGGAUUCAACCUUAUAAGGAUUUUAUAGAAACCUUGCCAACACUUUCAGGAUUCCAAAGCCAGGACCUUUUUGGAAUUUGGAGUAGAGUCUACGAUCCUUUACAUUGUGAGGGUGUUCACAACUUCACUCUACCCUCCUGGGCCACAAAGGACACCAUGACUAAGUUGAGAGAAUUAUCAGAAUUAUCCCUCCUGUCACUCUAUGGAAUACAUAAGCAGAAAGAGAAAUCUAGACUCCAAGGGGGUGUCCUGAUUAAUGAAAUCCUGAAUCACAUGAAGAAUGCAACUCAGCCGCAAAAGUACAAAAAAUUUGUCAUGUACUCCGCACAUGACACUACUGUGAGUGGCCUACAAAUGGCGUUGGAUGUUUUCAACGGAAAAUUGCCUCCUUAUGCUUCCUGUCACUUGAUGGAAUUGUACCUUGAGGAGGGUGAGUACUUCGUGGAGAUGUUUUAUCGGAAUGAGACGAAGCAUGAGCCACACCCCCUCACGCUGCCCGGCUGCACCCACAGCUGUCCUCUGGAGAAGUUCCAUGAGCUGCUUGCCCCUGUGAUACCCCAAGACUGGUCCACGGAGUGCAUGACCACGAGCAACCAUCAAGUUUUAAGGGUCAUCCUCACCAUUGCCUUUUGUCUGGUGUCUGGAGUCCUGAUGGUGCUGCUAUUUGUCCUCAUCCGCCAUGGGCCCUGCUGGCAGAGAGAGUCCUACAGGAACAUUUGAACUAAUGGCUGUACAACAGUGGACAACAAGACAACCUCCAGUGAUACAGCACCUCCCAAGGAUGAAGCAUUCAAAGGAUUCAAAGCACAGGCUUUUGCCACUGGAAAUUGCUCUGCCCACACUUCCUUUUUGGACCUACUUAGAGCAUAGUCCGAACCCACAGCCACCCAGGGACAGCUGCUUGACCGACAGGUUAUUUAGGUCUUCUCAACACUGAGCAAGGGUAUAGGCUACUCCAGUGGCCAGAAAGAAGCUCUUCUGUAGAGAACAGUUGUGUUCCCUGACAGAGAUGUCCAGAGAGAACUAAGAAGCUCAUUGUUUGCAAAGAGCAAAGGAUGAGAAAGUGGGACAAAGACAUAGAGCAGACAAGACUAGAUACCGGAAAAUGUUAAGAGUAGAAGUGGUAUUAGAUAAGAUGAUCCUUAAAAAAAGACACAAUGGGAAAUCAUAAACAAACUUAUUUAGCUUUUAAGUAGUUUUAACAUGUAUACAUGCAAAUUCAUGCAUAGCCCACCCAGUGCUUGAUGUCAACCGGCUUCUGUAUGUGUACGUAACACACACAUAUGUAUAUUUAUGUGUCAAAUGCCUUUGAAGGGGCAUUUUAUUCUCAGAAACUAAUAUGAACUUUUCAGGUUAUUUCCCACAAUUUCCAUGUGGGAAAGUAACUGGAAAAUUCAUGGUUCUUUUACUUCCAUCAUCAAAGUUAUAUUUUUAUACAGUUUAAUUUCUUUAUUUCAUUUUAAAAUUGUGAGUUCUUAAAUUGAUAAGGGUCAUUUAUCGCCAUGAUAAAAUGUUUUUUUAAUUGCCACAGAUAUAUCUAGUAUUUUGGUACUGGUGAUUAAACCCAAGGCCUCAAACAUGUUAAGUGAGUGCUCUACCUCUGAGCUAUAACCCCAAUCUUAAUCUGAGUUUUCUAAACGGUGAAGUAGAAAAAAAAGUGGACUGAGAGUCAACCCUUUGCAACAGUGCCUCACUGGCUUUGGGCCAAGUUGGAACAAAUUUUUUUAUACCUUCAAGCUUGGCUUCUUAAUCUAACAAGGAAGAAUAAGGACUGCAUGGGCAUAAAAUUUGCAUCUGGUUCUCAUGCUCUGUGAGCAAUUUUUUUUUCCUCAUUUUAUGCUAUGGAUGGGUAUUGCCCAAGCAGGCAUUUUCACAGAUGGUACCAUUGCAGAUUAAGACAAUGACACUAAAAUUUACUCUAAAUAGCUUUAUCUUUGAACAUCCAACCUUUCAACUGGUGAGAAAUUCAAUCUCAUAUUUUAUUUCUCUAUUAUUUACAUUUGACUAAGAUCCUAGAGUGUACCUAGUAGGAGAAGUCAGAGAAAGGUCCUCUAUGCCUCUGCCCACACUGGUCUCCAAUAAGUUCACUGUCUGUGCCUAUGCGGUCUUCUGAGGACAAGCAGAGGAUAUUUGUGCUAUAGCUUCCAAGACCACACUCUUGGGGUUCACCAUCUGGAGACUGCCUAAUCCAGUUGCCAUGAUUUUUGUCUAGCACAGAAGUCCACCUCCCCAACCCCUCCACCCUCACUCUAUCUUUUGGUCUCAGGAUCUUCCGCUCCUCUUGAAUCCCAUAGUGUCUGCCUGUUAAAUGCCAAGAACCUCCCUGUAUAAACCUCAUUUUGCACAUAAUUCUCAUUGAGCCAAAGCUAUUGCAAACAAAAACCUAAAAUGGACCUUCCUUGCUUGCUUUUUUGUUUGCUUCCUUCCUUCCUGUGUUGAGGAUUACA